UAAAUAGUUCAUGAAUUAUCUUCAGACAUAACAUUCUUAUAAUGGCAGCCUUGUGUAAAGCUUAAAAUGACUUUCUGUUUUUGUCCAGCAUUACUUUAAGAUUGCAUGAAAAUAUCUUACAAAUAGGUUAUAGAAAAAUGUGCUCUAUAAAAAAUAGGAUGCAAGCUCUUAAGUUUUUAUGAGCCAGGUUGGUAGUCAUUUGGUUAAAGGACAUAUCCUUUUGAUAGACAUUAAAAAGAAGUUAAUACUAAUUCUAUUUGGUUCAAAAAGAGGUUUAGAUCAUGUCUCAAAGAUUUUUAUCUUCGUCCUCCCUGCUGGUCUUCUUCUUGGUCUGAUCUUGGGAAAUAUGGUAUCUGGUUGGUGAUAGUGAUU